AGUUUCUGUUGGAGUUGAGAUAACCUCUGCUAGUGAUAUAGAAGCCUUUUGAUACAACAAGGCGAUGUUGUGUGUGGUUUUUUUUUCUGUGCGGGUGUUCAUUUGGCUUAUACUACCUCUUCAUGAAGAGAUGGUUCCCUUUCACGUACCACAAUGCCCAAAAAAGAGGGAACUCUGAACGACGGCUGUCAUCCAUAAAGGCUGUUUACAGUUUGUACCAUUCAAGGUCGGACAGAAAGCAUCAUUGCAUUAUAUAGCUGCUGACAGAAAGAUAUCUAGUACUAGACUAAAGAGAUCAAAAAAACCCUUCCAUUCGAAAGCGUCAAUUUAAAUUCAAUGUCUCCUCAUGUUGCGACUCAGUUAGAACGCGCUCUAUUCACUCUUUCCAAUACGCGUUAUUACUCGUAUUCGGCGAUGGAGAAUGCUAUUCAGAUAGACAUUCUCUAUCUAUGUAACACUCUUUUGUAUCUUCAUUCUUUACUUUCUGUUCCUGAGAUGAAUGGUAUCCAUCGUGACCACCUCAAAGUCGUCGCUCACAAUGAGUUUCUAGAGCCAACCAAAAAGAGUCUGAUGAAUAUGGAUUUAAAAGUGGGUAGAACAAUAAAAUGCCUUCCAGCCGUCCAAGAUGAACAACAUCAAGUUCUUCGAACGAGAGAAACAGCCAAACAUCUGACGAGAGUAUCCGCCAUCCGACUUUUACAGAACGUCAGAAAUACAUAUGAUUUGGCAAAAGUUUACCAUCAGAAAGCUUUCUUCUUCCUCCGCGUUGACUGCGAUCCCAAAAAGUUAAAUAUGGAUUGCAGACGAGCAGCUUCUUUCACUUCACAUCUUCCUUCAGAGGGACCUAUUCAUCUCAGCCAACAACUGCCCCAAGAGACGGUUCCAUCCUGUUUUAUGCUGGGCCGCGUGAUGCCACUUCUUUUUCAGUGGAUGAACAGUUUACCUUUGGGAUGGGCAAAAAAGAAAAGAUCCGUAUUAUUUUUUGUUGUCAGAUUUGUUUGUAGAAAGAGAGCUCUCAUUCACCGCCCGGCUGACAACAUUGUUCAUGCGUCGUUUUUGUUGUCGAAAAGGUCUCACUUUUUUGUCGGUUUCAUAUUGUGACCCAUUUUCCUGGGGUAAUUCCGCCUUUUUUCUUAUCGGAAGAUCAUCCGAGCAAAGGGUUGUUUUGAUCAAGAAAGGAAAAAAAGUCGGGUCAGGAGGGAAACAAAAACUUGCACCCUUUGCCGUACCUGCACACACAGCUGGAUGUACACCC